AACACUGUUGGCCGACUAGAAAAUUGUAUAAUUUAUUUUGUUGUGUUUCUCGUUGAUUUUCAUGAAUUAAAUAUACUAAGAAAAGGCGAAUACCUGCGAACAAUGGCGCUGCGCAUCGCGAAGACCUUCCGCCCGCUGGCCCAGCCACUGGCAACAACCUUGGGCGGCCCACAGUUGAUUCACACGACGCCGGCGUGCUGCGAGAUCCGCAAAUUGGCCCGACUGCGGGUGGUGGACAACAGCGAUCUGGGCAAGAAGGCGAUGGCCGAGGGCCGCCCGCCCCGCUGCAUCCAUGUGUACAACAAGCGGGGCGUGGGCCUCAUCGGCGACAAGGUCCUGGUGGCCAUCAAGGGCCAGAUGAAGAAGGGCAUCCUCGUGGGCCUCAAGCAGAACCAGAAGCCCAAGCAGCCCAAGUUCGAUAGCAACAACCUGGUGCUCAUCGACGACAACGGCAGUCCGCUGGGCACCCGGAUCCACGUGCCCAUUCCGACCAUUCUGCGCACCAUCCUCAAGGAGAAGACGCUGGCCAAGGGAGCCGACUACACCAAGGUCCUGGCCAUCGCCAGUAGAUAUGUUUAAGUCUGUGUGAUCCUUCGCCUUCCUUACUGUUGCUAAAUGAAUAAAAUCUAUCAAAAAC